CUGUCUCCAAAAAACAAAACAAACAAAAAAAGUAAGUGUAUGUAUGUAUUCAUGUGAAUAUGUGUGCAUGUGCAUGGAGGCAGGAAGACAAUAUGGAGUGUCAUUCGUUAGGAGCCAUUAAUCUUGUUUUUUUGACAUAAGGUCUCUCUUUGGUCUGCAGCUUAUCUAGCAGAGUAAGUUGGCUAGCCAGGAAUCCCAAAGUCUGCCCAUCUCUAUCUCCCCAGUGUUGGGAUUAUAACAGCAUAUGUGCCCCAACCCCUGGCUACCUGGGGCUUGCAUUCAUGGCCUCAAGCUUGUGUGCCAAUCAUUUCACUAAUUGAAGCUAGCUCUCUGUUCUAUUGUUUAACCUUUUGUUUGUUUGUUUUUGAGGCAGGGUUUCGCUAGAUAGCCCUGGCUGCCCAAGAACUCCCAACAUAGACCAGACUGAUCUUAGACUCACAGAGAUCCUCCUGCCUCUGUUUCUCAAGUGCUGGGGUUAAAGGUAUACAUCACAAUGCCUGCCUGCCUGUCAACAAACUUUAGAAACUUUACUUAAAGUUACUGAUGUGUACAGUUUACCUUCCAUGUCUUCUCAGAGCUGGCUUUUCCCAGGACCAUCAAUUCUUCCAGUUAAGAUGCAGAAAGGAGUUUUGGCUGGAAAAAGUUGACCAUGAGAAGCAACACUCUCAAUGAUAGGUUGCUUCAGUCAGAGACACAACAGAAGAGGGCAUCAAAUUCCAUUACAGAUGGUUCUGAGCCACCAUGUGGUUGCUGGGAAUUGAACUCAGGACCUCUGGAAGAUCAGUCAGUGCUGCGGAACCAUCUCUCCAGCCCCCAGUAAUUGCUUUUCAAAAGAGUAUUACUCAUACUUACUAUGUAUGAGUGCUUUGCCCGUAUGCAUAUUUGAGCACUUCGUUCAUGCCCGGUACCCUUGGAGGUCAAAAGAGAACCCUGGGUCCUCUGGGACUGAAAUCUAGAACAGUUGUUAAGCUGCCACGUGGAUGACAGGUAUUUGCACAUGAGCAUCAGUGCUGGAGGAAGUCAGAGAUUUCAGAUCCCUGGAACUGAAAUUAUAGGCAGCUGGAGCUAUCCACUGUGGGCACUGAGAAUGAAACUUGAGUCCUCUGCAAGAACACUUAGUUGCAGUACAAAAGAAUGUUCUACAGUGUUGAGAGUGAAAGCAACCCAGAUUCCUGAAACUUCAUGAGGUGUGUUGUACCAGGAGUCCGGUUCUUCCACAGCAAGGUCGCAGGCAUCCUCAGGGGCAUGUCUGCAUAGUCCUUCCCGGAUAGAAGCUGUGUGAUGUACGGUGCUUGAGUUUGUGCAAACAAGUCAGACUCUUCUGUAAAGUAAGCUCAGCUCUCGGGCCUAGGAUGGAGGAGUCGGCACCGGUGGAAAGCCAGAGCCAGCUCCCCAGCCCCCACCAUGGCUCACUGAGGAGGGCAGUGGCCGCUGUCCUGGCCCUGGAUGGGGAAUCCACAUUGGGCCGCAGGAAGAAGAGGAGGAAAGACUCUCGCCCAGAAUCCAUCAUCAUCUACCGGUCAGAUAAUGAGAAGACAGAUGAGGAGCCUGAAGAAUCUGAAGGUGGAGAUCGGCCUAAGGAGGAAGAGGGGGAGGACUUCCUGGACUAUCCUGGAGAUGAUGGUGUGUGGAACAUGCCUCGGGACAGCCGCUAUGUCACACUAACCGGGACCAUCACUCGAGGGAAGAAAAAGGGUCAGAUGGUGGAUAUCCACGUCACUCUGACAGAGAAGGAGCUGCAGGAGCUGACCAAACCCAAGGAGCUGUCAAGGGAAGCGGCACCAGAGGAGAGAAGGGCCUGCCAGGUGAGGGCAGACCAGGGGCCACAUGUGGUCCUCUGGACGCUGGUCUGCCUGCCUGUGGUCUUUGUCCUCUCUUUUGUUGUGUCUUUCUACUAUGGCACCAUCACCUGGUACAACAUCUUUCUUGUGUACAAUGAAGAGAGGACCUUCUGGCAUAAGAUCUCCUGCUGCCCGUGCCUCAUUCUCUUCUACCCAGUGCUCAUCAUGGCCAUGGCCUCUUUGCUGGGGCUCUAUGCCGCUGUGGUCCAGCUCUCAUGGUCCUGGGCAGCAUGGUGGCGAGCUGCCUGUGACAUGGAAAAAGGCUUCUGUGGCUGGCUCUGCAGCAAGCUGGGUCUGGAGGACUGUUCUCCCUACAGCAUUGUGGAACUGCUGGAGUCUGAUAAUAUCUCGGGCAAUCUCUCCAACAAGGACCCCAUCCAGGAGGUAGAAACCUCUACCGUCUAGACCUCCAAUGACUUCCUUCCCAGGCCCUCGUCUAUAGUCACUCAACGGAAUCUAGCAGUUCUUUCCUUACACUAUCUAAUCCCCUCUACAGUCCUGGGACAUCCUAGCUCACACUGGUGUAUCUCAUCAUCUUCAUUAGUCCAAGAUGAUGGAAAACAGAAACUCGACUUGUGCCAAAGCGGUGCAUCUGAAACACAAAUGCUUCUUGACUCUUUGCCCUAAAAUGAUUGCUUAUGUGUGAUAUGAAGAUACAUCGUAAAUUCCUUCAGGGCCCCAAAGGUGUUAUUGGUCUCUGUGACCCAGGGGAGUAUGUGCCUAAAUGUGACAGAAAGGAUAAAGAGGCUCAGGGCUGACCAAAUCCACAAAGAAAGUAGAUGGGGAUGGAGAAGCACAUUUAGAGAGUUUGGCUACUAAUCGAAAGACUGUGCAUCACUGUAUUUAGAUAGAACUGCACAUAACUAAAGCCACAGACAUCGGUGAGCUAAACAAGAGAGAAAUGUACUUCCUUCUUACACAGAUGUCGGGAGGCAGACCAUCCCAAGAUCCUAUGAAGUUUUCUGGGGUUUACUGGAUGGGGGAAUGUAGUCCUCGGUGCUCCUCAGUUUCUAAAUGUUGACUACAACUCUGUCAUAGUAAUGGAGAUGGAAAGGGGAGCAUACUCCUGUUUAAGGAGGCUUUAAAAGUCCUCCUCCUCAGUAUUUAUUAUAUCUCAUUGGCCACACUAUAGUCACAUGACCUCACAAUCAAAGGAUGCUGGGGAAUGUAGUCUUUCACCUGGUUAACUCUAUUCUUAGAUGAAAACUGGGGUUAUGUGAAUUUGAGAAAAGAGGGAUAGUGGCUAUUGGGAAGUCGAGUAUGAAUCGACAUUUUAGGGCAGUUAUUUAGAUAUAUCCAGAAUCCCAGAUUACAAAUGCAGCUUUAUUUAUUUAUUUGUUUAUUCAUAUAGUUAUUUUGUCUCUAGUCUUACAUGGAGAGUUUAUACAUAGAUCUGAUUACAUACACUAUGCAUAUGCCUUAGAUAGUAGUAUCUCGUGUACUCGGCAGGUUUUGUCGAGUGGUUUCAGGGUUCUUUGGAAAGACCCUGUUCUUUUGGAAAGAUAGGAGCAUAUAGUCACAGAACCACAGCACAAUUCUUCCUGGAAAGGAAGGGGAACAGGGAUUAACAAUAUUUAAUCUAUAAAGAUGGAGAAGAGAGAGUGAGUACAUCUUCUGAAUGCUAACCCAGCAGGGAUCAGUAGCUCAAAAUACAAACCACAGUUAGCCUGUGGUUUCACCAAACCCAGGAGCCUUAUUCACUCAGACCUUUAUAUCAUGGAGCUUCUCUGACAGCGUUAGGAGCAAUGUAACCGGAGAAAUAACAACUUCGUUCUUAAGAGUAUCCUGAUUUCAAAAUGCUGAGUCCUAAAAGGUAAGCGAGUUUUGGGGUUUGGAUUCUUAAAACAAGUGAUGAUCAUUAUUUUAUUUUAUUUUUAUUUUCUUGGUAUGUAUAUCUCAGAAAGAAGUGCUCUGAAGCACUCAACGAACCAGAGGGGUUAAUCAAACUCUCCCAAAGCCAGCCGGGGACAUUUAUUUAAUGUAUGGUGCUGAACUCCACUUUCAGAGAAUUAAAAAGAAAAUCCUGUUGUUAGUGUGAUCAAAAAGAAAAGAAAACAUGUCAAGUAUUUUUAAGGAUAACUGUGGUGCUUUCUGGUGCAUUUCCAGAGAUAUGAAUAAUAUAAAUGAAAAUAAAGACAAUAAACUCUGA